AUGGUGGCUGAGAAUUCCUCUGUGACAGAGUUCAUCCUCGCAGGCCUAACCCACCACCCGGGGCUCCAGCUGCCCCUCUUCUUCUUGUUCCUGGGCUCCUACAUGGUCACGGCGGUGGGGAACCUGGGCUUGCUCACACUGAUCGGGCUGAGCUCUCACCUGCACACCCCGAUGUACUUCUUCCUCUAUAAUCUGUCCUUCAUAGAUUUCUGCUAUUCCACCGUCAUCACUCCCAAAAUGCUGAUGAGCUUCGUCUCAGAGAAGAACGUCAUCUCCUACGCAGGAUGCAUGACUCAGCUCUUCUUCUUCUGUUUCUUUGUCGUCUCUGAGUCCUUCAUCCUGUCAGCCAUGGCAUACGACCGCUACGUCGCCAUCUGUAACCCACUGGUGUACACAGCCACCGUGUCUCCCCGCGUCUGUGCUCUGCUGAUGUUGGGCUCCUAUGCGGUAGGGUUUGCUGGGGCCAUGGCCCACACCGGAAACAUGCUGAGACUGACCUUCUGUGGUUCCAACAUCAUCGACCAUUACCUGUGUGAAGUUCUCCCGCUCUUGCAGCUCUCCUGCACCAGCACCCACGUCAACGAGCUGGUGUUUUCUAUUGUCGUUGGGAUGGUCAUCGCAACAUCCAGUAUCAGCAUCUUCAUCUCUUACGCUUUGAUUCUCUCCAGUAUCCUCCGCAUUCCUUCUGCUGAGGGAAGGUCCAAAGCCUUUGGCACAUGUGGCUCCCACAUCACCGCCGUGGCUCUGUUUUUUGGGUCAGGGGCCUUCACCUAUUUAACAACCUCUUUUCCGGGAUCUGUGGGCCGGAGUAAAUACGCUUCAGUCUUCUACACCAACGUCGUGCCCAUGCUUAACCCUUUGAUCUACAGUUUGAGGAAUAAGGAUGUUAAACUUGCCCUGGGCAAAACCCUGAAAAGAGUGCUUUUCUGAUGGUUCUGUUUGCAUCAAUGAAUUACUGAGAAGCAGCAUGGUAUCUUUUUAUCGACAGGUGGGGAGAUUUUCAUCUUGUUUCUCUAGUAGGGUCUUCUCCCCACUUUAAAAAUUGGAAACAUCUUACUUAUAGUCUUCUUGGGGAUUAUACUGUGUUGUACUACUUAAACUGGUCCAUUGUAUGAACUUAGCAGUGAUUAAGUGGUUAUAAUUGACUUGACUCUAUCGUAGGCCCAAGGGAUUAAUAAGAUGAGGCCCCACACGUUCCCUCCUUUUCUCGGUAGGCUAACUGGGUUCUUGCCAGUGACAUGUCUGGCUGGGAGAUGGAGCAAAUGGUGGUAUGAGGAUCCAAGUGAAUUUGGA